AGCCAUGUUGCUAAUCUAAGAGUCUAACAGCAAAUCUUACACCAUCGUUUUAUCGGGGUCCGUCACACCGCAGGCGUUUAGGUGUAUUGUACUGUCAUAAAUAACAUCAGGCCUGUAACCUACCGACGGUGGUCAAUUAAAUGAGUUUUACGCUCUCUCUGUAGGCUAUAUUCACUGAUGUGUGAAACAUGGAUAAAACAUAUAAUAUUAUCAGUACGAUAUUUAGCAAUGAAGUGCUGUCUGCUCGUGAUGUCGAUUACAUAUCAACCUUACAAUUGAUACCACUGCUGCAACAUAUUUAGGGACUCUCUGUCAAGGUGUGGACAUGGAGCGAUAAUGCACCUGUUCGUGGCCUCUGCGCAUGCGCACACACGCAAUGUCUCUGGUUAGUGCAGCCUGCCAGCAAGAUCAGCCGAGGACAGCCCCCUCUUCCUUCCCCAACUCCCUCUCUGCAGCUGACCUGACGAGAUCGCAGCGGCAGACAAUUUCCAAAAUGCCAGUGGCAUCGGCAUGCUCAGACUCCGCCAUGCACCAGGGUCUGGACACACUGAGUGACAGCACCAGCUCCACCACGGCCAACGACCUGGACCUCAUCUUCCUCAAGGGGAUCAUGGAGAGCCCCGUGGCCCAUGAGCACUUUGAGGAGCCCAAGCUGGAGGCGGUGCGGGACAACAACAUGGAGCUGGUGCAGGACAUCCUGAAGGACCUCAGCCCGCUGGCCGACAGCAGCACGGCGGCCGACGAGCUGGCGCGCAUCCUCCAGGAGCCCCACUUCCAGUCUCUGCUGGAGACGCACGACUCGGUGGCGUCCAAGACCUUCGAGACUCCGCCCCCCAGCCCGUGUGCCUUCAUGGACGCGGCGUUCAACAACCAGCCCGUCCCCCCCGACGCCGUCCGCAUGGUGGGCAUACGCAAGGUGGCCGGGGAGCACCUGGGCGUGACGUUCCGCGUGGAGAACGGCGAGCUGGUGAUCGCCCGGAUCCUCCACGGCGGGAUGAUCGACCAGCAGGGCCUGCUGCACGUGGGCGACAUCAUCAAGGAGGUGAACGCCAAGGAGGUGGGCGACGACCCGCGGGUGCUGCAGGAGAUGCUGAAGGACGCCAGCGGCAGCGUGGUGCUGAAGAUCCUGCCCAGCUACCAGGAGCCACACACGCCGCGGCAGGCCUUUGUGAAGUGCCACUUUGACUACGACCCCUCCCACGACAACCUGAUCCCCUGCAAGGAGGCGGGGCUUAGCUUCGCCCGGGCAGACAUCCUGCAGAUCUUCAACCAGGAAGACCUCAACUGGUGGCAGGCCUGCCACCUGGGGGGUGGCAGCGCGGGCCUCAUCCCCAGCCAGCUGCUGGAGGAGAAGCGGAAAGCCUUCGUGAAGAAGGACAUGGAGCUGGUCACCGCAGGUCCCCUGUGUGCCGGAAUGGGCGGCAAGAAGAAAAAGAAGAUGAUGUACUUGACGACCAAAAAUGCAGAAUUUGACCGCCAUGAGUUGAGGAUCUACGAAGAAGUGGCCAAAGUCCCGCCCUUCAAGAGGAAGACGCUGGUUCUGAUUGGUGCGCAGGGUGUGGGACGUCGCAGUCUGAAGAACAAGUUGUUGGUGUGGGACCCCCAGCGCUACGCCACGACCACCCCCUUCACCUCCAGGAAACCCAAGGUGGACGAGAAGGACGGACAGAUGUACUCCUUCAUGUCUCGCACCGAGAUGGACUGCGACAUCAAGGGCGGGCGUUUCCUGGAGCACGGCGAGUACGACGGCAACGUCUACGGCACCAAGAUCAACUCCAUCCACGAGGUGGUCGACACUGGGAAGAUCUGCAUCCUGGACGUCAACCCCCAGGCCCUGAAGACCCUGAGGACGGCCGAGUUCCUGCCCUACGUGGUCUUCAUCGAGGCCCCCGACUACGAGGUGCUGAAGGCCAUGAACCGGACGGCCAUCGAGUCGGGAGUGGUCACUAAGCAGAUGACGGACUCUGAGCUGAAGAGGACGGUGGACGAGAGUGAACGUAUCCAGCGGGCGUACGGACAUUACUUUGACCUCUGUAUCGUCAACGAUGGCCUGGAGUCCGCCUUCCGUAGCCUGCGGCUAGCGCUGGAGAGGCUGUCCUCCGAGCAGCAGUGGGUGCCAGUGAGCUGGGUCUUCUAGAAGGCUUGACCCCCACCCUGACCCUGCCGCCCCGAAGAGGAGCCGUGACCGACCUUGAAGAGAACCGAGGUCAGAGGUCGAAGGUUAUGGGUUAAAGGAGGAGGUUGUGCUGGUCUUGGGAUACAGUAGAAAAUGGCUGCCCAAAUGGGGAUUUGGAAAGAGCGGAAAAACACAGUGUUGGCUAGCUCUGUCGCACAGAGCGCUUGAAAAGAAGGAAGCAUCACAUUUUAAGUGCGAAAAACCAGCCUUAUGUUGUUUUGUAUCUAGAACUCUUUUGUUGACCAUGACGUUACGUUGGUUUUUGUUCUUGAAUCAUUUUGAAUAAUUACGUUUUUCGUAAGAACAGAACAGGCUCUAUAGUUGGCUCUCCGAUAUUGUGCAAUAGUGUGUGUGGUAUGAGUGCGUGUGUAGAUUGUGGAAGAAACAAACACAAUGUUGGGUUACAAGAUUCACUCGAUUGGCUAGGUGACACAGUGCUUUUCUGAAGAGAAGGAAGUGGAACUUAUUUGGCCUUUUUAAACAUUUUGAACAGAUCUUGUAGUUAACAUUAUAUUGGUAGUUAAGGACACAGCACUGAAAGAAAAGUCAGGGGUCAUAUUUAUAUAAAUUAUGUAUAUUUUACUGUUUGAUCACACGAUUGUAUAUUCAAAAAAAUGCUUUUCCUUCUGGAUGGAGUAAAUUGUGUUAGGAAGAUGAAUAGCAAUAGAUUAUCAGUAACCAAACACAUACAAAUGCAAUACACACCCAGAUAGACACAUACACAAAUAUAUGUGCACUUACAUAAUAUAGCAACCUCACUGAAUUGUGAAAUCACCUUUAUGAAUAUUGUCUUGUCUCAGCUCAUAAUUUAUCAUAAAAAGGUGUAUAUUUUGUUAUAACAUUCAUAAUUUCUGCCCUAUACUGCAUAUUUACUUUUCUGAUUUGUCUGAAUGGGCUGAUUCAUGAACAUUACAGCAAGCACAUCCAGACAAUCCUAGAGCAUUAUAUUUAAAACUCCACAUAUAAUAAAUACUGUUGUAAGCUAUUGUUUGUAUCUCGAUAAUACCAAAAAUAUUUAUUGACUAUAGCAUCAGGAACAAAGUUACCAAACAUAGGCCUACCUACAAUAUUUUAUUCAGACUGAUGGUAAGAGAUGUUUUUCCGAUAGUUUGAACACAGCGAAAGGUCUGAUUAAAACAGAGUUUCAUUUUCAAUAGGGUAGUGGUAGACCACUGCAAUUGUUGCUUGAAAUUUACUUUGGCCUUAACUUAUCUCUGAAGCCAAGGAUACUAUCACACAUCCACCAUUUCACACUCGACAACUAUACUUUUUGGAUUUUAGGUUAUCCUAAAAAAACAAAAAUCCCAAGACAAACCUCUGUGUUCGGAUGUUAAUUUUUUUCUCAAACGUGUAAAUAUUGUAAUGUAAACAAACAACACAGAGAAGAUAUUCGGUGCUCUGAGAGGGUUCUGGUACUGGUGCAGCCGCUCCAUAGCGCUGUACUUUUGAUGUUCAAGAAGUGUAUUAAAAAAAGAAAACCUUUGGAGCACCGCUUUGCCCGCGUCUAUUCCUGUCAGCCACAGCUGCACACUAUGGGAUCAGGGGUCAUGGGGCUCAGGGAGCUGGGAUAGGGGUCAAACUGCCCAGGAAAUAAAUGUCCCACACACACAAGUCUGAGCUAUGUUCAGACAGUGAGUUAUUAAGAAAAAACAAAUAUAUAUAUAUAUAUGGUGGUUUAAUUAUUUGUUAUAAUAUUUGUUACAGGAAUUA